AUGGGGAAACCCAAAAACACAAACAUCGGCAAGACAAAGGCCGGCCCUGGAACUAACAAUGGCGGCAACGCAAAGCUGACCACAGCCGCCUCGAUUCCCGCCGCACCGCCCGCAUGGCCCCAGUUCAAACCGCCGUUACCAGUUACCGACCUGGCUGCCGACCAGCUCGCUUCUUGCCCGGACAAGGUCGUCCUGAUUCGCAACUUUUGGCCAAAAUCCCUCUGCAGUUCCUAUGUCAUUUUUCUGAGGGGUUUACCGCUGAUCACCACCCCUGGUCGACCUAAGCGGGGAGAGGCGGUUAGAGUGAAUGACCGUUUUCAAGUGCAGGAUGCCGCCUUUGCUCAACGCCUGUGGACGGAGACCGGACUGCGCGAAUCGCUUGCUCAAGAAGACAUUCAGGGUUUAUGGGGCGGUGAAGUCGUCGGCCUGAAUCCCAAUAUUCGCAUCUAUCGUUACUCCAAGGGCCAGUAUUUCGAUGCACAUUACGACGAUUCCAACAACGUAUCACUCAACCUCGAACCCUCCUCCGGACCCGUCACGUGCAAGACAACCUGGACGCUGCUCCUCUAUCUUACCUCUUCCGCCGAGGGCUGUGUUGGCGGCGAGACCGUCUUCUUUCCCAACGACCGCCGCUCCGCCAAGGAGGAGAUCCCGGUCGCCCUCGAAACGGGCAUGCUCCUCUUACACAAGCAUGGCGACGACUGCAUGCUGCACGAGGGGCGCGAGGUCAGCGCAGGCGAGAAGUGGGUGCUGAGAACAGACCUUUGCGUCAGGAAGUGA